GUAGUGGAGAAACUCAGAUCCCAAAUCGGUUCGAGCUUAGUAUCAACAACGAUUUGGGGGGGGGGGAGACUCACCUUUCAUCAGUUCCAGCUUUGAUUCCAGCAGCGUCUGUCCCCUCCUAUGCGGCGAGCACGAAGGAGGAGAAGGUUGAGGAGUUCAAAAAGAAGAAGGAAAAGUCGAGAUCAAGGUCUCACAGGAGGUCGAGGUCAAGAGCUAAGGAGUUGGAGGAUUCUUGUGUUAAGGAGGUUCGUGAAGAUAAGAG